ACCAAACAUGCUGGGGAGCUGACUGAACUCCCUCCGUCCUCAGGAAUUUGUCACGAGGAUUGGCCAGGCACCGUGGGACCCAUGGGGUGAGUGACAGCGGCCUCCAGUGAGACAAGCAGCAGGAUGCCCAGGGCGGCAGUGGGUGCCCGACUCCACCACGCCACACCCGUCGGCUGCGCUCUGACCUGCUCCUGGCUUCUCCUCCUCGUCCAUGCCGCGCUGACCCAGAAGCCCGCCAAGCUGCCCCUGAUUGGCCGAAAGCCCUUCAUCGCCGCCUGGAACGCGCCGCUGGACAUGUGCGCCAGCAAGUACAACAUCAGCGCCAACCUCAACCUCUUCCACAUCAACGGCAGCCCGCGCGCCAUGAGGACGGGCCAGAACGUCACCAUCUUCUAUGCCAACCGGCUGGGCCACUACCCGCACUACACCGACCAGGGCAAGGCCGUCAACGGGGGCCUCCCGCAGAACUGCAGCCUGACCGCCCACCUGCGCAAGGCCCGCCAGGACAUCUGCCACUACAUCCCCGCCGAGGACUUCCGCGGCCUGGCCGUCAUCGACUGGGAGUACUGGCGGCCGCAGUGGGGCCGCAACUGGCACAAGAAGGACAUCUACCGGCAGAAGUCGCGCGAGCUCGUCUCGCGGGCCUACGUCAACAUCACGGACGAGCAGCUGGAGGAGCUGGCCCGGCGCGGGUUCGAGAGGAGCGCCAUGGCCUUCAUGCAGAGCACGCUGCAGCUGUGCACCAGCACCCGGCCCCACGGCCUCUGGGGCUUCUACCUCUACCCCGACUGCCACAACUACAACCUGCACCAGCGCAACUACACGGGCUCCUGCCCCCUGCUGGAGAGCCUGCGCAACGACGAGCUGCUCUGGCUGUGGAACAGCAGCACGGCGCUCUUCCCCUCCGUCGCCAUCAGGAAGUCCCACGCCAACAGCGUCAGCAACCUGCACUUCUCCCAGUACCGGGUGCUGGAGUCCCUGAGGAUCGCCUCGCUCGCCUCCCUGGACCACGACCUGCCCACCUUCGUCUACACGCGCCUGGGCUACCGGGACGAGGCCAUGGCCUUCCUCAGCACGAAGGAUCUGAUCCACACUAUUGGGGAGAGCGCUGCUUUGGGUGCUGCUGGCUUUGUGAUAUGGGGGGACCUCAACCUCACAUCCUCCAGACACAACUGCUCCAGGGUAAAGUCGUUUCUGGGGAGCAGACUGGGUCAGUACAUCACCAACGUGACGCGCGCCGCCGAGGUGUGCAGCGACUUCCUGUGCCAGAGCAACGGAAGGUGCGUGCGCCAGGAUCCGCGCGCACCGCACUACCUGCACCUCAGUGCCAACAGCUACCACAUCGAGCCCUCGGGAGACGGCGAGUUCGCCGUCACCGGUUGGCACUCGCAGCGCGAGCUGCAGCUGCUGGCGAACAGAUUCCGCUGCCACUGCUACCAAGGCUACGGCGGCGAGCGCUGCGACAGCCUCGAGCCCCCGGAGGAGACAGAGAACGCCGCCCUCAGGACUGCAAACUCUGCGGCAUUUGUUGUUAUGCUCCUGAUCUUGAACUUCAUAAUAUGACGAACUAUCUGACUCUGAAGGCACAUUAUGUUCCGUCGUAUUGCUAAAGAACGGUUCCAGCUGCUCCUCGCAAUAAGCUUGAUGUAGCAAUAAGCUUUUGAACAUUGAACAGGUUCUUUGGUUUUUGUAUUGCAAAGAGUUUAUUUUUGUAUAGUAGCCUACAUUAUGAGCCAGCCGUUAUGGAAUAAUGCUGCAUAUGUAUGGUUGUAUUACAGGUUACGAUACAUGUAAACGUUUUGUGUGAAAGACACAUGAAAUAUUAGGGUACGUGAACAGAAAUGCCUCUGGGAGUGUGUAGACAUAGCAUAUAAUUUCCCUUCCAAAUAAUAGAUGCAUUUCAAAGAGAGAAAUAGAGUAAGCUUGAGCAGGUGCAUUUGGGGUAUGAUAAGGUGAAAUCAAUGAAAACUAAAAUUUGAAGAUUAUCUGAAGAAAAUGUAAGCAGGGCGGUUAAUUAACAGUGAAAGUUUACAGAGGGGUCUAGUGCACUGAAAAGUGCAGAGCUGUGACCGCCUUUUAACCAGUCUUUUAACCACCUUUCAGAUGUAGUAUCUAUGUGUGACUAAGCGCUGUGUGAGGGUAGGGUUUGGAGAUUUUAUUUGACAGACCUUGUUCUCUUGAACAGGAAUGUAAUCUGCAUACUGUAUGAUGACACUGUAUUGCUUGAAUGUAAUACCACUAGAUAAAGCAUCAGUAAUCAUUCUA